AGAACCAGAAUCAGCGCAGUUGAAGAACCAGAAGUCAGCGCAGUUGAAGAACCAGAUGUCAGCGCAGUUACAGAACCAGAAAUCAGCGCAGUUGAAGAACCAGAAGUCAGCGCUGCUGCAGAACCAGAAAUCAGUGCAGUUACAGAACCAGAAAUCAGCGCUGCUGCAGAACCAGAAGCCAGCGCUGCUGCAAAACCAGAAAUCAGCGCAGUUGAAGAACCAGAAGUCAGCGCAGUUGAAGAACCGGAAGCCAGCGCUGCUGCAGAACCAGAAGUCAGCGCAGUUGAAGAACCGGAAGUCAGCGCUGCUGCAGAACCAGAAAUCAGCGCAGUUACAGAACCAGAAAUCAGCGCUGCUGCAGAACCAGAAAUCAGCGCAGUUGCAGAACCAGUAAUCAGCGCAGUUGCAGAACCAGAAAUCAGCGCAGUUGAAGAACCAGAAAUCAGCGCUGCUGCAGAACCAGAAAUCAGCGCUGCUGCAGAACCAGUAAUCAGCGCAGUUGCAGAACCAGUAAUCAGCGCAGUUGCAGAACCAGAAAUCAGCGCAGUUGAAGAACCAGAAAUCAGCGCUGCUGCAGAACCAGUAAUCAGCGCAGUUGCAGAACCAGAAAUCAGCGCAGUUGAAGAACCAGAAAUCAGCGCAGUUGAAGAACCAGAAAUCAGCGCUGCUGCAGAACCAGAAAUCAGCGCUGCUGCAGAACCAGAAAUCAGCGCAGUUGCAGAACCAGAAAUCAGCGCAGUUGCAGAACCAGAAAUCAGCGCAGUUGAAAAACCAGUAAUCAGCGCAGUUGCAGAACCAGAAAUCAGCGCUGCUGCAGAACCAGUAAUCAGCGCAGUUGCAGAACCAGUAAUCAGCGCAGUUGCAGAAUCAGUAAUCAGCGCAGUUGCAGAACCAGUAAUCAGCGCAGUUGAAGAACCAGAAAUCAGCGCUGCUGCAGAACCAGAAAUCAGCGCUGCUGCAGAACCAGAAAUCAGCGCAGUUGCAGAACCAGAAAUCAGCGCAGUUGCAGAACCAGAAAUCAGCGCAGUUGAAGAACCAGAAAUCAGCGCUGCUGCAGAACCAGAAAUCAGCGCAGUUGAAAAACCAGUAAUCAGCGCAGUUGCAGAACCAGAAAUCAGCGCAGUUGAAGAACCGGAAGUCAGCGCUGCUGCAGAACCAGAAAUCAGCGCAGUUGAAAAACCAGUAAUCAGCGCAGUUGCAGAACCAGAAAUCAGCGCUGCUGCAGAAUCAGAAAUCAGCGCAGUUACAGAACCAGAAAUCAGCGCUGCUCCAGAACCAAAAAUCAGCGCAGUUACAGAACCAGAAAUCAGCGCUGCUGCAGAACCAGAAAGCAGCGCAGUUACAGAACCAGAAAUCAGCGCUGCUGCAGAACCAGAAAUCAGCGCAGUUACAGAACCAGAAAUCAGCGCUGCUGCAGAACCAGAAAUCAGCGCAGUUGAAGAACCAGAAGUCAGCGCUGCUGCAGAACCAGAAACGAGCGCAGUUGAAGAACCAGAAAUCAGCGCAGUUACAGAACCAGAAAUCAGCGCUGCUGCAGAACCAGAAGUCAGCGCAGUUGAAGAACCAGAAAUCAGCGCAGUUGAAGAACCAGAAAUCAGCGCUGCUGCAGAACCAGAAAUCAGCGCUGCUGCAGAACCAGUAAUCAGCGCAGUUGACAGAACCAGAAAUCAGCGCAGUUGAAGAACCAGAAGUCAGCGCUGCUGCAGAACCAGAAAUCAGCGCAGUUGAAGAACCAGAAGUCAGCGCUGCUGCAGAACCAGAAAUCAGCGCAGUUGAAGAACCAGAAGUCAGUGCUGCUGCAGAACCAAAAGUCAGCGCUGCUGCAGAACCAGAAAUCAGUGCAGUUGAAGAAUCGGAAAUAAGCGCAGUUGCAGAACCAGGAAUCGGCGCAGUUGAAAAAACAGAAAUCAACACAAUUCAAGGUCCAACUAAAAAUGUUGGAGACUCGGAUGUAAGCAAGGCUGAAGAUCUAGAAACCGGAAAGGUUCAAGAAAUAAUUCGUAAAUUUGAAGAGACAGAAGUCAACACUGCAGUGGAAAAAAGUCGAGUGGCAAAACCAAGAAUAAGCAAAAUUGAAGAAAAGAAAAGCAAAAUCGUUGUAGAAUUAGAUACAACUUUAGUUAUCGACACAGAAGUACACACAGAGGAAGAACCAGUAAACCUCCUAGUACCAAAGGCCAGCAAAAUUGAAGAACCAGAAAUAAGACCAGGGGAUGGAGAACCAGGAAGCACUAUUGAGGAUGAAUAUAAGUGCGACCCAACCGAAAGACCAGAAACGAGAAAACAGGAAGAAUCAGAAUCUGUGUUUACAGGAGAAAGGAAAACUGAUGAAUUAGAAAUUGGCACAGUGGGUGUACCAGAGAGUGUCCCAGAGGCAGAGCGCACAAAAGAAGCAGAAAGGCUCUCGAAUGGAGAACUAGAGAGCAGUACUAUUGAACAGCCGGAAAUCAGUAGAAUAGGAGAACCAGAGAGUUUCUUUGCUGAAGAACCAGAGAGCUAUAUUACUGAAGAACAAGAAAUCAUCACAGAGGCAAAGCCCGAGAAUUUCCUAGUUGAAGGAUCUGCAAGUGAGAAAUAUGGAAAAUCGCAGAGCAGUACUACUGAAGAACCAGAAAGUAGUGUUAAUGAAGAAACAGAAACUGGCAUAGAUGCAUUAGAAAGCAAUCAAACCAAAGACACAGUAAGCAUGUCAUCUGAGGAAAACAGCAGAGAAAUCAGUCCAGAAAAAGAACAAGAACGUAACCUCACUGACCAACCUGUUCGUAGCCAGCUUGAAUUAAAGGUUGACAAAGAUGAAGAACAGGAAAGUUGUGCAGAUAAAGAACCAGAAA